CACGUCGGAAUUGUUUGAACACGUGAAGCGUAAUAUAAUGCCUACCUGAUUUUAAGAUAUUUAUUCAAAAAAAAUUGCUUUUAUUGUUGUCAGAUUGAAGUAUAAUUCCUUUGGUACUGAUGAGUCGCUAUAAGAACUCCACCUGCCUGGAAGUGCCGAGUCACCUGGAGGAGUCCAGCCUGUCCAACGGGUCUCUGGACGUGAGCACGACCCCCGACUGGCGCAGGUCUAGCAGCCCCACGGGCUACCUCUACCCGCACAGGCGUAGCGACAUGUGCCUCGUGGUGAAGCGGCGAAGACGUCGGGUUCAGCAGGGCAUCCUGCAAGUCUUCAGCUCCGACUCCUGGACAGCCACAGGAGUUGGGCUCGCCGCCUUCGCAGGCGCACUUUGGCUCAUUGGCCGCAGAAAACGUGCUGAUCGAGGUUUUAGACGCCUUCAUCCACGGCUCUUUGUGACCCGUGAGAGGGAACCGGCCGAGGCAACUGGCCUGUUUCGUGCUCUGAGCGCCUUCGGACUGGUGAUGGUGAGCGCUUUCAUCACCGGCCGCUUCAUGGGGCUUCCUGACGGUCCUUGAGGAGCCCUCGCAAGUGCAGACGUUAGAGGAGGUCGCCCACCAGGUCACCAAGGUGUACGGGGACGUCGCGCUGCCGUCUAUCUUCAAGGACGUCCAGAAGGACGAUGUGGUGUGGAAACUACUAGCUAAGUUCGAGCCCUAUUCCGAAGAAAAGACGAUGGAGAUGGUGGUGCUUGAAUUUGUAGAGGACUGGCCAGGCCCGGGGGUCGUCGUUUCCUUGGACCAGGUGCGGCCGCUGCUGGACGGUCCCGACCUUUGGGACACGAAGACUGGCGCUUCGUUGGCCUACCCGGUGCCGCAGUGCCUCCUCUCGCCGGCCUACGUGUCCUACCCCACGCGGCCACGCUGGCCUCAACAGCGCCUGUUUGACGCGCGCCUGGGAAUUGUGGCGCAGGCGGGCAUCGUCAACAAGUUGGACAGUGACAUGUGGAUCAAGUUGCGUGCACUGGGUUUUUUGCAUCGGGGGCCUGCGUUGUCCUCGUCCGCCUCCCACGCGCCCACCGCCGAGGAGCCACGCCCCCUCGGGCUCUCCGUGCUGCAUGAACCCGCGAUCGUCCUGUGCGCGGGGGCGCUGGCGGCGGCCGUGGCCUUCCUCGUGGAGACGGGGCUGAGCAUGCACGCUUCCCGGGUCUCGAUACUGAUCAGUCGCUUUAAGAGCUCCACCUGCCUGGACGUACCGCAUCACCUGUACGAGACCUACUUGGCCAACGGGUCCCUGGAUGUGAGCAUGGCCGCCCAAUGGCGCAGGUCUAGCAGCCCCACGGACUACCUCUACCCGCACAGGCGCAGCGACAUGUGCCUCGUGGUGAAGCGGCGAAGAAGUCGCGUUCAGCAGGGCAUCCUGCAGGCCUUCAGCUCCUACUCCUGGAUGGCUACAGGAGUUGGGCUCGCCGCCUUCGCAGGCGCACUUUGGCUCAUUGGCCGCAGGAACGUGCUGAUCGAGGUUUUAGACGCCUUCAUCCACGGGGCCUUUGUGAUCCGUGAGAGGGACCGCCGAGGCAACUGCCUGUUCGUGCUCCUCAGCGCCUUCGGGCUGGUGAUGGUGAGCGCUUUCACCGCCCGUUUCACGGGCUUCCUGGUUGUCCUUGAGAAGCCGCAGCAGAUGCAGACGUUGGAGGAGGUCGCCCACCAGGUCACCAAGGUUUAUGGGGCCGCCACGCUGCCGUCUUUCUUCAAGGGCGUCGAGAAGACCGACGUGGUUUGGAAACUACUAGCUAAGUUGGAGUUGAAGAGAAUUCCUAUCAAAGAGGUGGUGCGAGAAUUUGUUGAGGAUUGGCCUGGCCCGGCGAUAAUACAUUCCAUAGAUUCUGGGAAACCGUUGAUAUGGAACGGUCCAAUUCUUUGGGACGCGGAGAAGGGGGAAUCAUUCGCGUACCCCGUUCCUCAGUGCCUCCUUUCGCCGGCCUACAUCUCUUACCCCACAAGGCCAAACUGGCCUCAUCGGACCAAGUUCGACGCACUGCUGGGAACGUUGGCGCAGGCAGGCAUCAUUACUAAGUUGGACAGUGACAUGUUAAUGAUGGAUCGAGCUAUGGGACUUGUGCACCGGGGGCCUGCUGUGUCCACAUCCACCUCCCACGCGCCAACCCCCGAGGAGCCACGCCCCCUUCAGAUAUCAUCCCUGCAUGAACCGGCGGUUGUGCUGUGCGUGGGGGCGUUGGCAGCGGCCAUGGCCUUCUUCGUGGAGAUGGCGCUAGGCAUCCGCAAUUGGCGGGCCGUGGUGAAGAGGGCGCGACUGUUUUUCUGCCUCCGCCCAGCUGAGCCUCCCCGUUGGGCUGUGCGCGCCUAUUGAGAUUAAGGCCAUGCUGCGCCCUUGCCGGGCAUUUGUGAGAAGUGAGCGACUGUUCCUGUGCCUCCAACCAGCAGACCCUCCCCUUUGAACUGUGCGAACCUAUUGAGUCUGCGACCUCUGGGCAUGACGGCGGCCGUGGCCUUUCUCAUGGAGAGGGCGCUGCCCGUCCGCAUAAAAAGAUGUUUGCUGAGCCUUGGUGAGGCUGGCACAGCUGGUUGGAAGUGCUUCUGCGCGAGCGUUUUUGCCUGGUCUUGGUGAAAAGGGAGUGUCUAUUCCUCCACCUCCGACCAACUGUCUCGAAGGGCUUCGUGCGUUCAUUGAACCUGCGCCCUUGCUGUCCGAAGCGGACCUUCGUGAUGGAGGCAUAGCUGCGCAGGCGCGCUAGCUGCUCCUUUGUGAGACGGACGCAACGAGUGCGUGGUCGUGCCGGAAGUGGAGACACUGGCUGCGCAAGCGACCUUCCUCGUGGAGAGGGCGCUACACAAUACUCAAUUGCAAUUUGAUGUGUGUGAGUCGAACGCAAUUUUAUAAUUAUUGCGAGGAGUGAGACAAGUGAAAAUUUUAUGUUGAAAUAAUUUUAUGGUU